AUGAUUUUGGUUGUUCUGAAAAAUCUUCGAUCUUCAGGAAAAUUCUAUGCAUCUAGUCCAAUAUGUCACACUGUUUUUCUAGCAUAUAAUUAUCUCCCAUAUCUGAACGAUAAUUUGCAUUGUUGUUGUCUGCUUCUGUUUGGAUAUGCAGUCAUGUUGAUAGUACCCGCUGCCGAUUUUAGCCAAGAGGACUCCAUGGCAUCUAGCAAGGCCAUAAUGGAGCGUCAAACAGCUCGCAGGGCCCCAAUCAAUAUGACACAGAUACUGGAAUCUCUAUUUGCCAGUGUCAACCUUGCUAAAGACAUCACUGUAAGGUGCAGAGGAAGAGCGCUGCAACUCACAGAUGAUGAGAUGCAAAGCAUAGCACAUGACCUGGAGAGUGUCAUUCAGAACAUAUGUGAUCAUCUUGGCAGGAUACCAGCAUCAGCACUUGGCAACAAUGCUUACACUGACGUGGCAAUGAAGUCAAACUCAAGGAGGGGCUACACCGAUGUUGCUAUGUCCAUGAAUGCAGUGACUGACAUACCCAAUAGGAGGUCUGUCUACGAGAGUGACAUGCCGAGGCUGGUGGACUUUCUGCAGGGAAUGUACCAUGAAUCACAUGAAUUUGGCGGGCAGACGUUUAACUCUCUCCCAGAGGUCACAGAAUAUGUUGAGCCUCUGUAUGAUGGAUUCUUCUGUCCACUGACAAAAGAGGUGAUGACUGAUCCUGUGAUGACAGUGGGCGGUGUGACAUAUGACAGGAGAGCCAUAGAGGAGCAUUUUGCGAGGUCUGCAGACAGUUUGGAACCUGUCUGCUGCCCUGUCACAAAAGCUCCAUUGCAGAGUAAGGCAGUGAUGAGUAAUGCUUCCCUGAAGAGUGUGAUUGCAGAAUGGGGAAUGAGGAAUGAGGCAAUGCGGAUUAGAGUUGCGCGAACUGCGCUCUCUUUGUCGACUAGUGAGGCUAUGGUGCUCGAGGCCAUACAUGAGCUGAAAUCGCUGGCCAAGCUGAGGGGGAAGAACAAGGAGCUGAUGCAUAAAAUUGGUGUCACCAAGGUCCUAUCACGUUUGUUGGACAACCACAAUGAACAGAUUCGGCUUGACACAUUGGAGCUUUUGUCCUUGUUAGUUAAGGAUGAAGAAGGAAGGGAAAUCAUUGGAAAAACCAAGGCCAUUGCCAGGACAGUUAAGCUACUGUCAAGUAGUACUAUUGAUGAAAGGCACGCGGCUGUCUCUUUGUUGCUAGAGCUUUCAGAGUCUCAGUUAUUGCUGGAGAAAAUUGGGUCAACUGCUGGAAGUAUUCUGAUUCUCACCACAAUGAAGAUUAAUGAUUCUGAUGAUCCAGUUGCUGCUGAGAAAUCUGGAGCAGUCCUCAAGAACCUGGAAAAGUGUCCAAAGAACAUCAAGUACAUGGCCGAAAGUGGCUACCUAGAACCCCUUUGGAGUCAUCUUGUUGAAGGUCCUGAAGAGGUGCAGAUGGAGAUGAUCAGCUACCUAAGCGAGUUGGUCCUAUACCAGGAAGUCACCAUUGAAAUCACGGAGAGCACGUCGGGCGUCCUCAUCAAGAUGGUGCGCAGUUGCAACAAGGUGGUCCAUAAGGCAGCACUCGAUGUGCUGGUCCAGCUUUCCUCGCACCAACCCAACAGCAAGGUGCUCGUUGAGGCAGGUGCUGUCCUGGUCAUGGUCGAGGAGCUUUUCAUAAGGAAGAUAGAUGACGAACCCGAGAGCUACAAGGCCAAGGCUGCCACCGCCCUAGCCAACAUUGUUGAGUCCGGCAUUGAUCCAGACACCACCGUGGUGAACAAGGAAGGCCACGUCCUCACGUCCAAGUAUUGCAUCUAUAACUUUGUGUGCAUGCUCAAGUGCUUCAUACCCGAUGACUUCAACCUCAGCAUCAUCCGCCUACUGCUCGCGCUCACCGCAUUCGCCAAGCCCCUGGAUGUCAUGGUCUCAGUCGUCAGGGAGAACCACCGCGGCCAUGCCAUUGUGGAGCUCAUGAGCUCCCCAAUGGAGGCGCUUAGCAUUGCUGCGACGAGGCUGCUCAUUACUCUGUCUGCGCACAUUGGCCACACCAUCGCCGAGAGGCUCUGCAAGACGCAGGGGCAGCCGGGCAGGCUAGUCAAAAGCAUCAGCCAUGCCAGGCAAAUCACCGAGCGGCAUGCUGCUUCGGUGACACUCCUCUCAAGGCUACCACAUCGAAACAUCUCGCUCAACCUUGCGCUGGUGCAGGAGGGCGCCGUGUCGGUUCUGCUGAGCGGGAUAGAAGAGAUGCAGAGCAGUGCAAAGAGAAGGAGCAGGUACGCGGUACAGUACAUGGAGGGCCUGGUGGGCUCGCUGGUGCGGCUCACCGCGACGCUGUACAACCCGACCGUUCUGAAGGAAGUGAUGGACCACAGCUUGGCCUCGGUGCUGACUGAACUCCUCGCCGGAGCUGCCGGAAGCGCUGAGGUGCAGCGGCUCGCCGCCGUGGGGCUAGAAAACCUCAGCUACCAGUCCAUCAAGCUGUCGCAGAUGCCGCCGGAGGAGGACCCACGGCCAAAGAAGAAGACAAUGCUGAAGCGCCUAAUGACCACAAGGGUGCAAGGCAACAAGACCCUCCAACACCAACAACCCGUCUGCCCGGUGCACCGGGGAGUCUGCUCCACGGUGACAUCCUUCUGCCUCCUCGAGGCCGGGGCCGUCGAGGGUCUCCUCGGCUGCCUCGAGAGCGACAGCCCCCGGGUCGUGGAGGCCGCGCUGGGAGCAUUGUGCACGCUCGUCGACGACCGGGUGGACGUGGAGAGGAGCGUGUCCGCCCUCGCGGAGCUGGACGCCCCUCGGCGCGUGCUCGGGGCGCUGAGGCAGCACAGGGAGAACGUGCUGUGGCACAAGUGCUUCUGCAUGGUGGACAAGUUCCUAGCGCACGGCGACGACCGGUGCGUGAGGGAGGUGACCGGAGACAGGGUGCUGCCGUCGGCGCUGGUGAGCGCCUUCCACAAGGGCGACGCCGGCGCCAAGCAGGCCGCCGAGGGCAUCCUCACGCGGCUGCACAGGAUGCCCGACUACUCGGCGACCUAUAUGUCCGUGGAGAUUUAG